AUGCCGAGGGCAGAAGUAGGCAGCCAGAAAUGGCUUGCAAACAAAAUGAAGUCAAAAGGGCUUCAAAAAUUAAAAUGGUACUGCCAAAUGUGUGAAAAACAGUGUAGAGAUGAAAACGGGUUUAAGUGCCAUCGCCUUUCCGAGGGGCAUCAGAGGAUGAUGCAGGUGUUCUGCCAAAAUUCGGGCCGUUUUAUGGACGGAUUUUCGCGAACGUUUGAAAACGAGUUUAUGAAAUUGAUGAGGACGAGGUAUUGUAAGACGAAGAUUCUGGCGAAUAGCGUUUACCAGGAGCUGAUUAGCGACAAGCAGCACGUGCACAUGAACGCCACAGUCUGGGUGACUCUAUCGGAGUUUGUUCUUUAUUUGGGCCGCAGCGGGAAGUGCAAGGUGGAGCACACCCCGAAGGGCUGGUACAUCGAGUACAUAGACCAGGAAAAGCUGAAGCGCGAGGAGGACGAAAGGGCCCGGUUUAAAAGAGAAGUAACCCUCGAGGAGAAGCACUACAAGCUGAUACAGAAGCUGAUAGAGGAGGCGAGGGACCGCGGAGAGUUUGAAGACCAGGACGAAUACACACCGCUAAUGAAGGACCCAAAUGAAAAAAUCGUAAUAACCACGAACGUGAAUACGACUGCAACCAGUGACCACACAAAUAGGGGAGUAAACGUGUUUAAGGAGUUUUACCACAGAAGUAAGAACCAAGACCGCGACAAAGAAGGCCACAGUAAGAGGGGUGAUUCCGAAAGAGACGGCCGUACGCACUCCAGAGAUGGCGACGACAAGAGCAGGGAAAAGAGGAAGUCGGAACUUGAGUUGCUAAUGGAGUACACUCAAAAAAGAUCUAAGCACAAUCGCAAUAGCGGCAGUUCCAAAGAGUCGGAGGAACCUGACACCUGGCUGUGCAAUGACAUAAUGGUCAAGGUAAUUUUAAAGUCCCAUGAAAUGUAUAAGCAAAAGUUCAAAGUGAUACGCGUUUCCAACAACGUGGCCACAUUGGAGUAUACCAACGGCACUUUUCAGAUUCAGGAUAAAUACCUGGAAACUGUAAUUCCAAAGGAGAAGAAUAGAGUUAAGAUAUUGUCUGGCAAAAACAAGGGGCUGAUAGGUACACUGGUCUCAGCUGACCCCGAUAACCUAAAGGCGUCAGUGUCAAUCCACGGCAACUUGUUUGAAUUCGACUACGACAGUAUCAGUCAGUAUGUUUCCUAA